GUGGUUUCGCGCUUCCUCCUCAGGACCGGUUCAAACCGACAGAAGUCAGCGGAGCUUCAGCUGCGGAGCUGCGGGGACGAAGCAGAGCUCAGCCCCGCACAGAGAGAGCGACCCACCGGUAUGUUCGCUGUCUUUGUGCCGACGACCCGCUGCUUCCUCCGGCGCGUCCUGCCCGGGCCGCCCGCCGCCAUGCACCGGCUCUACAGCCUGGAUGUGACCGCUCCGCUGCUCCGCAAGCAGGGCUACGUGGACGGCCGCUGGAUCUCCGCGGCCUCGGUGUUCCCCGUCCUGGACCCGGCCACCGGGCAGGAGAUCGCCCGGGUGGCGGACUGCGGCCCCGCGGAGGCCAAGCAGGCGGUGGACGCUGCCUACACGGCGUUCGACGGCUGGAGGCGGCACACAGCCAAGGAGCGGAGCAUCCUGCUGAGGAAGUGGUUCGACCUGAUGACGCUGCACAAACAAGACCUCGCCAAACUGAUCACCUUUGAAUGUGGCAAACCAAUGGCAGAGUCUCUUGGGGAGGUGGCGUACUCCGCCUCCUUCCUGGAGUGGUUUUCAGAGGAGGCCCGGCGAGUUUACGGCGACAUCGUCUCCUCGCCGGCGAAGGACAGGAAGCUCUUCCUCCUCAAGCAGCCGGUGGGCGUCUGCUCCAUCAUCACCCCGUGGAACUUCCCCAGCGCCAUGAUCACCAGGAAGGUGGGAGCUGCUCUUGCCGCCGGCUGCACGGUGGUGGUCAAACCGGCGGAGGACACGCCCCUGUCGGCGCUCGCUCUGGCCGAGCUGGCGGAGCAGGCGGGGAUCCCGGCGGGUGUGUUCAACGUGGUGCCUUGUUCCAGAGAGAGGACCCCGGCGGUCGGGGAGGUUCUCUGCACCGACCCCCUGGUGGCCAAGAUCUCCUUCACCGGCUCCACAGCCACCGGCAAAGUGUUGCUGAAAAUGGCUGCAGACACAGUGAAGAAGACGUCCAUGGAGCUGGGUGGCCACGCCCCUUUCAUCGUGUUCGACAGCGCCGACGUGGACAGGGCAGUGGGCGGAGCCAUGGCCUCCAAGUUCAGGAACUCCGGACAGACGUGUGUGUGCUCAAACCGGUUCCUGGUCCAGAGCGGCGUCUACGACCGCUUCAUGGAGAAACUGGGCCGAGCGAUGGACGCCGAGCUGCGUCUGGGUCACGGCUCGGAGCCCGACACCACCCAGGGGCCGCUCAUCAACCCCAGAGCUGCAGAGAAGGUGGUCCAGCAGAUAUCUGAUGCCGUGUCCCUGGGAGCGAAGGUGCUGAAGGGGGGGAAGCGUCUGGACGGGUCCUUCAUGGAGCCGACUCUGCUCGCCGACGUCACCACCGACAUGCUCUGCACCAGAGAGGAGACGUUCGGCCCGCUGCUGCCGGUCAUCAGGUUCGAUACCGAGGACGAGGCUCUGGCCAUCGCCAACGCGUCUAACGUUGGACUGGCAGGUUAUUUCUACUCGCAGGACAUCAGUCAGAUCUGGCGGGUGGCCGAGGCGUUGGAGGUGGGGCUGGUGGGAGUGAACGAGGGCCUGAUGUCCACCCCGGAGGCAACCUUCGGGGGGGUCAAACAGUCCGGUUUGGGCCGCGAGGGCUCCAAGUACGGCAUCGAGGAGUACUUAGACGUGAAGUACAUGUGUCUCGGGGGCCUCCAGCUGUGAGGGGGCGGGGCCGCCGUCCUGCUCUGGUCUGUAGAGCCACGUUGUAAUUAACACAUUUUAAUGGGAGCGCUCCUGAUGACAGAAAUAAUAACAGGGUCCAGCGAAAUAUAUUUUGAAAAAUAUCUUUUGCAGUUAAUGAUGUUUUGAUCAGGGGUGAUACUCAGCUCUGAUUGGAUGACUUUGUGCCAUAAUCAUGAUCUACCAAUCACAACAGGAGGAGUUCAUUCACGGUCCUAUUUUGAAAUAAGAAUAUUUUACUACUCUAACCAGUAGGAGGAGCUGUAGCCUCCCGUUGUGGAUAAGCCCCGCCCCCUCGGUAACUUUACAUCUCACUACAUCUGUACUGGUUACCAUGGCUACAUACGUGUCAUCAUUUAGUUUUUUGUAAUAGUCCUGUAAAAGAAAUGUUAAAAUUAUUUUAGUUGAAGAAAUGUUAUGUGCCAAUGUAUUAUUGAUUCAUUGAAACCUUUAUUUAUACAGAGGGAAAGCCACUGAGAGCGACAGAGCUCUAACGAUCUCCUGAAUACAAUACAAAGAUACAAAUAUACAGUAAAGGAACAAUUAUUUACAAAUGUCAAACAGAAAUACAGACAAAUAAGAAACAAAGCAGCAAAAGUAAUAAACGUUUGAACAGUGAAGACAAAGUCGACUCUGGGUUUAACUUCUUGGUUCUGGUUCCCACAACCAGACUUUUUCUAACGGGAACUUUAAAAACUAUAAACAAGUUGCUGCUGCUAGUUAGCCGGCCUGCUAACAGUCACUGGUAACAGGUGCUAAGCUGUGAUUGGAGAGUGACAGUUUGGGGGCGGGGUUUAGUUGAAAACGUUACGUCAGGAAAUCUGCAUCUUCUCCGUCACAUUCCUAGAAAACAUCUGUUUUCCACAAAGUGAACCUCCUGUAUAACACAGACAUUUUGUCGUGCUACUGAUAAAACAUAAUACUCUAAACCUUAAGAUAAAUAGUUUUGUUGGUGUUGAUCUGCCUAAAGUUCUGUCGUAGGAUUUUUUUGUGAUUAAAAUCCUUUAAUAUGCUGAUAUAAAAGAAAUAAGAAAAGAUUUGCAUUUUAAUCUCAUUAGAAAUGUUUGGACCUUUAGUUAAAAAUGUAGUUUAUGCAUCUGUUAAAGAUCUGUUUGUGUAAAAUGAAAUGUUGAGUAUAAACGUUGAACACGUGUCUAAUGUGGAGGAUGAAUCAGUGUUUUUCUGUUUAGAGAUAAAGAAAUAAAUCAGAUUUAAAGAUUCCUGGUGAUGCGUCUCGGCAGGUUGAGUCUGAACCUGAAGCAGUUUCCUGUCUCGAGACGUUCUACAAACCUCACUGGAAGUGGCUUCACUGUGGUGAGCAAAUAAAUACAUACGUAAAGUA